GUGUGUUCAUCUUUUGCUACAGGCCCCAGACAAGAUGAUAGAACGCUCUAUGAAUUUCGUACCUAUUAUCUGAAGCCCUCAAAAAUGAAUGAGUUCAUGGAAAAUAUUAAGAAAAAUGUUCAUCUUCGGACAGCUCACUCCGAAUUGGUUGGAUACUGGAGUGUAGAAUUUGGAGGCAGAAUGAACAAAAUGUUUCAUAUUUGGAAAUAUGAUAACUUUGCUCACCGAACUGCAGUCCGGAAAGCUUUGGCCAAAGAUAAGGAAUGGCAAGAACAGUUCCUUAUUCCAAAUUUGGCUCACAUUGAUAAACAGGAGAUUGAGAUCACAUAUCUGGUCCCUUGGUGCAAAAUAGAGAGGCCUGCGAAAGAAGGAAUCUAUGAACUGGCUAUUUUUCAGAUGAAACCUGGUGGCCCAGCUCUGUGGGGUGAUGCAUUUAAAAGAGCAAUUAAUGUCCAUGUUGAUCUAGGCUAUACAAAAUUAGUUGGUGUUUUCCACACAGAAUAUGGAUUACUCAACAGAGUUCAUGUUCUUUGGUGGUAUGAGACCGCUGACAGUCGUGCAGCUGGGAGACAUCAGUCUCACGAGGAUCCCAGAGUUGUAGCAGCUGUUCGGGAAAGUGUGAACUAUCUAGAGACGCAGCAGAAUAUGCUUCUGAUUCCGACCUCAUUUUCACCACUGAAGUAGUUGGUACUGAAAAUACACAGCAUUUCAUUAAAUGGUAUACAAUAUAUCUGCUGAUGGUGCUUGAAUUCUCCCAGAAAAAUUAUUCUCAUUCUUAUUUGAAGGGGUGGUAAGUUAAUUCACGAUGUUCCUUAUGAUUUUUAAAGCUACCUCUCUCAUUUGUCACCACUUCAGAAAACAGUUCUGUUCAUUUUUUCCUGGGCAUUUAGUAUCACUUGUACAUGAGAAACAGUUGUCAUUACUUAAUGAUCUUGAUUUUUUCAUUUGUUUCUCAAUAUCUUCUAUAUUUUGACAGCCCUUUGCCAUAUAUUGUUUUCUUAUAUUCACAUAUUGAUUUUCUAUUUCCUUGCCUUACAGUAUUUGAAAAUGAGUUACAUACACUAUCUUUUCAUUGUUUGUUUUUCUGAGAUUUAAAGAUAGUUUUCCUGGUAAAGUUUACUUUGUAACAUCGGAUGGAGUUCAUAAAAAUAUUAAAUCAAAUAUAUUUCUUUACUUUGGAAAAGUACAGUAUCAUGUCUGUCAUCUUUGUUAGUCAUGGUUUUCAAAUUAUCACGUCAUUCUGAGUUGCAAAAUAAUGUAAUUAUGUCACAGCAUUAGAAAUCUAGAGAAGAAUUUUUGGCUUAUAUGCUGAAAUAUGUUCAUUAUUUAUUAAUUUUCACUUCACCUUGGGUCCCUCACAAAAAUCCUGGGACAUUUAUUUGUUUUAAAGAGAUCUUUAUGAUUAUGAAAAUGUUUGCCAUAAUAAAAGCCUGUAUAUCCAUUCUUA